GCCACCACGAGGUGGCCGUCGAGGUGGCCGUCGAGGUGGCCGUCGAGGCGGCCUCCAAUCGCUCCACUCGCGCGCCGGCCACUGCGUGGAGCGGCACUCCGUCAUGACGACGCUUGCGCCGAGGCUUGCGCGCCACGCUGGCCACGCCGUCUGCGCCGCGCUGCUGGCGGGACUGGCGGUGCUGGCCGCGCUGGCGGUGUGCAACGCCGCGGCCGUCUCGCCGUCCAUCACGGUCGCCGUGUCCGUCAACGGUACCUUCUUCAACACCACCUUCACGGAGGAGGACUUGGUAGACGCGCCCAACAAGAAACCGGCAGGCCGCGCGGAGCUCGCCGGCAACUGCACUGCUGAGGCCUGCCAGGGCUACUGCCGCCAGCGCCUGCACGCGUCGGGCCGCUGCGACGCGGACCAGUGCAUCUGCAGGAACCUCAAGGACAAGGGCAGAGAUGAAUUGAACUCAAUAAGUGAACGAGAAAGGAAAUCAAUAACCGAGUAA